AUGGUGUUCCCUCGUCGAACUUGUGCCCUCCCUCGCAAGUCUGCUGUCAGCGUUCCCACGCGGCGGAGUAUAGGGGGAUUGGCCAGUUUUCGUGUACCUCCCAUUCGCAAUGAGCCAAAUCCGACCUAUGCAAAGGGUUCUGUUGAGCGCUCGAAGCUUCAAGCUGCCUUGAACAAGCUGAAGAGCCAGGUGCCCAUCCAGGUGCCCCUUUCUAUUGGCGCUCAAGAGAUUCCUUCGAGCUUAACCCACACCCAAGGCAACCCAUCGGCGCACUCAGAACCCGUCGCCAAAUAUGCCCAAGCAUCAGCCGAGCAGGUCAACGAGGCCAUCGAAAAGGCUCUACAAGCCAAACCAACAUGGGAGAACAUGUCAUUCAACAACCGUGCCGCGAUCUUCCUCCGCGCCGCCGAGCUCGUUGCAACCAAGUACCGCUACGACAUCAUGGCCGCCACGAUGCUCGGACAGGGCAAGAACAUCUGGCAGGCUGAGAUAGACGCGGCCGCGGAGACGGCUGAUUUUUACCGCUUCAACGUUCACUACGCCUCGGAGCUGUAUAAACAGCAGAAUACCAUGAAUGAUGCCGGCAUGUGGAAUCGCCUCGAAUACCGUCCCCUGGAGGGCUUCGUCUACGCGAUCAGUCCCUUUAACUUCACGGCGAUCGGGGCUAACUUGAUCGCUGCGCCGGCGAUUAUGGGGAACGUUGUUAUUUGGAAGCCCUCGGACUAUGCGGUCCACGCGGGUUACCUGCAAAAGAAAAUCCUCGAGGAAGCUGGUCUUCCAGAGAAUGUCAUUCAAUUUUUGCCCGGUGACCCUAAGACGGUCACGGAUACUGUGUUGGAGCGUCCGGAGUUCGCGGCCUUGCAUUACACCGGCUCGACUGAAGUCUUCCGUGACUUGUAUGGCCAGAUUGCCGACGGUGUCCGCGCCGGCUGUUACGAUAGCUACCCUCGCAUUGUUGGCGAAACCGGCGGAAAGAACUUCGCAGUCGUUCACUCAAGCGCAGAUAUUCGCAAUGCGGUCGUGAACACCGUUCGCGGAGCCUUCGAAUACCAGGGCCAAAAGUGCUCUGCAACCUCCAGACUCUACGUCUCCGAGUCCGUAUGGCCGGAGUUCAAGAAGCAACUCGUUCGCGAAACUGAGCAGAUCAAGAUCGGUCGUCCCGAGGAGUUUGAGAAUCUCAUGGGUCCGGUUAUUCAUGAAAGAUCGUUCACCAAACUCGCCAAUGUUAUUGAUGACGCGAAGAAAGAUCCCUCAGUCACUCUACUGGCUGGUGGCACGACAUCCCGCGAGAAGGGCUGGUUCGUCCACCCGACGAUUUUCCAAGUCCAAGACGCUUCGCAUUCACUCAUGAAGAACGAGUUCUUCGGCCCCAUUCUAUCCGUGUAUGUCUAUCCCGACAGCCAAUUCGAAGAGACUCUGGCACAGGUAGACAAGGGUACCAAGUUCGGUCUCACCGGCGCGUUCUUCGCGAAGGAUCGGUCGGCGAUUGAAGUCGCGGAGAGGCUACUGCGUCAUUCAGCUGGGAACUUCUAUAUCAACUGCAAGAGCAGCGGAGCGGUGGUUGGCCAUCAGCCAUUCGGGGGCUCGAGGGCUAGCGGUACGAACGAUAAGGCGACGAGUUCAAACUUGGUUGCGCGUUUCGCGAGCAUCAGAAGUAUCAAGGAGGAUUUUCAGCUCGCGGAGGAGGUUGCUUAUCCUUCUAAUGAAGUUUAA